AGUCGUGUCACGGGCCCGAGUGUCGUGCUAGCGAGACCGAGGGCGCGGCGCGCUCCCGGCCCGACCAGCGACCGUACACCGCAGAACUGGAAUCGGCGAUCAUAUCACAUCUCCCAUCUAUAGAACCAGCACCUUUGAGCGACUGCGAAGCCCAGCCUCAUAGCCCGACCGUCAAUUCCACCGCAAUGGCAACCGCAGAAGCUACCGACGAGGCCACCAAGCAGCGCAUCAUCAAGCACAUGAACGCAGCCCAUCACGACUCUAUACGCCGAUACGUCGAGGCAUAUGCUGCCAGGUCCAUGUUCCAGAGUCGCAACGCGCGCAUGGUCGAUUUGGACCUGGACAAGAUGGUUUUUAGCUGUGGUGGACAGCAGGCCGUCAUCGGGCUGGAUCCGCCAAUGAAGACGUUGCGUGAAGCUCGUGAGCGCUUGGUCAAGAUGGACCAGGAUGCUCUGCAGACUUUGGGCCGGAGCGACAUAUCCGUUACAAAGUUUAUUCCUCCAUAUACUCGUCCCGCCCACCUGUGGAACUUUACCCAGUGCCUCCUGUCUUUCCUCCUGCUGCCACGUCCUGCAAACUGGCAGCCGGGUUCACCCCUCUACGACCAUGCCCUCUACCUGGUCCCAUGGCUGGCAAACUUUGCAGCUCGCAUGGGCUGGCUUAUCUUCAUGAUCAUGCUGCCCAUCCACUCCAUUGAGGCUGUCAUUAUGGUGCGGAAGCUCGCACGACAUGGCUGCACCUUUUUGGAUGCCGUGUGGUGGAAAUGGGUGGGUACGUGCUUUGUAGAGGGCAUCACUUCAUUCUGGAGACUGGAUGCAUUGAUUGAGGAGAAGCAGAAGGAAAAGUGA